CCUUGUCUGCCAUCUCCUCCUCCACACCCUACAGCAGCCAAGAAACAGAACAUGUCAAACCAAAGGCACCAAAAGCUAAGCUUCAUCUCCUCCUUCCAAAACAGUACCUGAAGGCUGGUCUUCUUCGGAUCCACCGCCUCUGGCCUCCCUGCAUGGCACAAAGACACAAGUAGAGGAGGAAAGCAAUGAACACAAAGGUGAUCCAUUUGGACAUGGUGCUGCACUCCGCAACAACUCGAAGGAGAGGGAGAACAGGGAAGCACUUAUUGGAAUUGGUGAGACAUGGGUAGGGUUUGAGGAGGUCUAAAUAGAAGUAUCAUAAACUGUGCUUUGCAUUUCCUCGAACGAGUGGUGGGCUUCCCUCGUUGGUUUCGACGGAAGCUGGUGGCGGCUUCGUGGCGAUCGGGUUGACUAAGUCAGCUACGAAGAAAAUAUAAUCGACUUAGUUCUGACGGGAUCUAAUAUAUCUGCAACAAUCAUCUUCGAGAUAUGUGCUGCAUUUAAGAUCCAACGUGAUACACAUUGUCUGAGGGAUUCUGCUUCAGACUGUUUGCACUUGCUUCUGCAGGUCUGCAGAAAUUUUCUCAUGGUUUCCAAAUUGCAAUAGGACCACAAGCCAGUUUGCACUGUCCAUUUCUGUUGCUAUCUGGGAAAGCUUGAUGAUGCUUUAAGCAUUUCAACAUAUAGACUCUUUUCAGACAGGAUCCAGAGAGGUUAUCUUGUCACCCAUCUUUUUUGGCUACAAAGUCUUCUCAUUUGUGGUCCAUUUCAUCGAUGUGAUCUUCCGUAGUCUUAACAUGGAGAAAUAUGAUUCUUUCAUCCUCCGAGCUUUCCAGAGAUCAGAACUCACACGAUAGGCUCUUCUCUUCAAUCUGCAACCUUUGGUUUAUCCAUGACCAUCAAAGGGAUUGACGCUUGGUUUGGUGAAUGAGAGAAAGUGAUGGUGCAGUAACACUGCAAAGGAAUCGGCUUUGGUUUUUUUACUGGCAAGCCUUAGCUGUAAACUGAUUGGAUUCGUUCCUUCUUUGUCCCCUUUAUGUUCUGGUGAAAGGUCCAACUUUGUUGUCUCUUGGGCACUUUGUGGUAGAAUAAUGGAUGUAAUCCUUCAUGGCUCUAAAGAUCUCCAGCUGUUGGGUGUUUGAUAAUAUGCCUCAACAUGGUUCUUCUCUUUUCUCUUUGUCUGUGUAUAGGAUGCUGCUGCUGCUGCUGCUGAGUUCACCUUUUGCUUUUAACUUGGUUGGUACAAGGCUGCCCAGUUCAUUUGUUCCUUGUUAACUCCUGCAAGAAAUGACCGGUCAAACUCCUCAGUUUUCUCUUUAGUAAAGAUCCUCUCGGUCGCUUGGGUUAUCUCCGUCUAUGCUUCUCCGGCAAUUCUCUAUAUCCGAGUAAUGAGAGGUAGUGGAAUGCUCUGGUUCAGCCCAGCAGUCUGAGGAGGAGGAGGAAGAGGAGAAGGAGGUGGUGAGCGAUUGAAGAUGUACAGAAACGAAGCUUCUGCACUGGAAAAUGCUGCUGAAGAUUUUCUUGAUACUGACUGGGGUCCCUUUUCAUCACUGGAUCAAAAUGUAUGGCUGAAAGAGACAGCUGGUGUUUUCUCUCAUGGAGGUGUCCCAGAGACCACAGAGAUCGGUGCUUCUCAUGAUGGGACUGGGCAAAUUGCAAGGUGUUCAUCCUUUGGCACUGAGAAGCUCCCUGACAUGCUUGGUUCCAUCCGGACUCCAUCUGCUGCAAGCAGUGAGCAUCAAACCUGGAGCAGGUGUACACAGAAGAGAAGGAAGGAGAUGUCGGAUUGGUUUGCUCCGAGUCCACAAUCCUCAUUUGAUGCAACUCAAAAUGCCAAUACUGAAUGGCACAAAGAUGUUCCAGAUGACAUUGUAAAUAGUGCAACUAAGAAAGAUGAGAGCAAGGAAUAUGACUGUGAGCAAAAUGCAGAUGCCAACUCCUAUAAUCUCGAUGCUAAACUUGCCGAGGAGUCCCACCAGAUUGUUGGUGUGACCAAAGAAGAUCAUGUUCGCUCUCGAGCCAAGCGGGGUCAAGCCACAAAUAGUCACAGUCUUGCAGAAAGAGUUCGUAGGGAAAGGAUUAGUGAAAGGAUGAGGUUUCUUCAAAAUCUUGUUCCAGGGUGCGGCAAGAUUACUGGUAAAGCAGUAAUGCUUGAUGAAAUUAUCAACUAUGUCAAGUCACUCCAACAGCAAGUUGAGUUCCUGUCGAUGAAGCUUGCGGCGGUUCAUCCAGAAAUUAAUUUGAAUGUGGAGCAGAGUCUUCUGAAAGAUUGUGGAAGUCCAGCUGCUCCUAGGUACUGUUCAAGAUUAAGCACCUACCAGUCUAAUGGAUGGGGAAGCACACCGACAGGAAUGAUCUACCCACUUGCACACAAUUCAGGGACUAGCAUCUCUCAGAUUCCCUCCAUGGCUCAGGCAUCAAUUCUGUGGGAUGCUGAGCUCCACAAUGUUCUCCAUAUGCACUUCAAUUCAGAUCCCCCAUCCAGAACCCAAUAGAUAAAUGGAGUGCAUCCAGACAGAGUGCUGAAUGAUUCAUGGAAGAAAGUAAUAAGAUGCUUUUCUGCUUUUUAUAUGGGUAUGUCUACUGGUAUCAGGAAUUCUUACAGAAAACAUGACACUUGCUUCAUGUAUAGUCAGAGUUAGAUAGUUGCUGGACUGAGGAAAGCAAGUCUCUGGUGAUGUAUUUGUUGUUUGGUAUGUGAAAAAGGAAAUUGUGUUGGAUUUUGCAGAAACUGUUUAUUGGUUUUUAAUGAAUUAUUGUUUCA